AUGCUUUGCUUAACAUUGUUUGACUUUGCACAUUUGAAACUGGCAUCGGGUCUUGUAAAUCAGAAAGUCGGGAUUGGUACUCAAAGCUCAACUUCAGCCUUCAGGUUGCGAGCACUUCAGAAACUUGAACCACUGGGCACAGACUGUGCCCAUUAUUUGCCGAAAUGAUAAGGACUGGCGGGUCUCUGCACCCGCGUAUCGCAAACGUGCUAUGCUUUGCCGCGGGCCUCUUAGUCGCGGUGCUUAUGGUUCCUCGUAGUGGACCAGUGCUUGAGCGCAUUGGCUUUGGUACAAGCUCGGCAGGCUUUUAUGUGCGCCCAGACGUCAACGAGUUUCAGCGGCUGGGACUGAAGCAUGACACGGACAAGGUACAGCGACAUAACUACCAAACGAUCUAUGGCAAACUCUUCGAACUGCCGCCGGGUCGCAACCGCACGCGUAAAAUGCUUGAGAUCGGCCUCGGUUGCAACAUGGAUUAUGGCCCUGGCCACUCGGCGCGCGUUUGGCGUGAAUACAUGCCAAAUGCAGAGAUCUGGUUUGGCGAGUAUGACGCAGCGUGCGUUGCCAAGCAUCGGGCUCACCUAGACAAGCUAGGUGUGAAGGCCGUCACUGGCGACCAAGCAGAUAUUGCGACCCUGAACCGUUGGGUGAAGGAGACAGGCGGCGGCUUCGACUUCAUUGUGGAUGAUGGGGGACAUUCAAACAUGCAGAUCUACAACUCCUUCAUCGUUCUGUUUGAGAAGGCCCUCAACCCAGGGGGCAUUUUCGUGAUCGAGGACUUGUAUGUAUGCCGCACGCCGUCCUUCAUGGAUGGUGAUGGUAAACACAUCACUCUGGAGGUUAUCAAGGACUGGCUGGACGACCUGACCACCUCACACGCUGGCUCCAAUGAGGUGCGGGGGCCGCCACCUCGUUGGCCUCGGCCUGCGGGCAUUAAAUCCAUUGAGUGCGGCUCUCACUGGUGCUCCAUCACCAAGUGCUACGCCAAUGACCCGUACUGCUGAGAGGGAUGUCAUGAAGGUGCAGCUUCAGCUUGAUAGUCGUUUUGGGUGCCAUGCCGUCAGCCAUAUUCGGACGUGUUCCUGCACAAGUAAGUGCCAUAUGAAAGACUGUGGGCAAGGGGGAGGCUGACGAGACUGUGGCUGGUGUGGCAGCGCGGCACUUGGUGUCAUGUGAGUAGUGUGUGGUGUCUUGCGCUCUAAACUCCACAACGUGCAGAUCUUGGAGAGAGACAAAUGGUGAUGAGUCGUCGUAGAUAGCAAUCCGGGUAGCUAGUGAGCAGUGGGAGAUCGCAAAUGUAGUAUCAGACGUGGUGAAGAGUGGUAGGGGGAUUUAGGCGUGUGAGUUUAGUGUGGUGAGUGAAUAGCGGUUCUGAGAGCAUGUCACCUUGCAUGUCGCGUUCUGAGACCAUGCGUCGGGUCUGGUCAGCACUGAUUCUUGUGUACACCGCCCCCUUCAACCUAGCAAGCUACACAUAACAGAACUAAAGCCGGGGUCCGUACGGACCCCGGUGCAAGAUGUCUGUGGGGGUGUCCCUCCAAGGAGGGAGGGGGAAGGGGGCUGUGAGCAGGGCGGGGCACUGGGCGGUUGGCACGCCGGGAUGCGCGGCAUGCGAGAAGGCAGGCGGAUAUUGAUGACAGGCGGAGAACUGAAACACGUUGGCUUGCCCCUUAGCCAUUGCGGUCGCAUCGAGUUCCCGCAGCGGGGCCCUCCCGGUUAUUCCAGUUUUGACUUGAGUUAUAACCUGGACACCCGAGCGCAGCGAAAUUUGUCGUGCAAAUAAUGCGCCUUUCUAUGUAUGUAUUGCAAAGCGUAACAUUAUGAAAACGCAAGCCCUAUGCCAGAGCGGGGUAAACGCACAAGCGCAGCGUUUGCAUUAGAGCUCCAGCGCAACAUAAAAUAUAUCACAAUUAAGGCUCCCGGCACGGAAAGACGCAAGACGGAGGAAUCGACGCGUUGGAGGAUCCCGGAAAUUGCGCGCGAAAGCGCGAGGCGCAAAAGGUUGGCGCUGUCCCUCUUGACCUGGGUGCUGGGCACCCUGCUUGGUCGGACUGUCCCUUCUUUGUAAUAUCGCAACCUU